UGGGGGAUCGAAUAGAGAAGGAGAGGGAGAGAGGUUACGGGGGCCUGGGGUGGUUGAAACCAAUUAGGUUUGUUCAUUAUCAAAAGAGAGUGGGAGCUGGGGAGAGAGUGGAAGGAGAUUAAUAACAAUAUAUACAUUGUUCAAACAUAAUUGGGUGACGAAUUGUUGUCGUCUCUCACGCUCCCCCCUUCUGUUCGUCUCCCUGAAUGCCUUACCAGUGUUCAGGAAUAUCGUGACGAUUUGUGUGCGGUGGAGCGAGGGGAAAAUAGGUUCUUCUUUUACUAUCAAAGCUAAACAAGGAAGAGGUUGUGAUGGUUUCCUGCAAAAUGAAGACAACAGUUUGGGCUGAAUGUUCUUUGCUCAUUCACAAAUUAUGGUACUAAAUCCAGCAUUUGCCACCUGUAUCCCACUCUUUGAUAUAUGAUGUCUAAUCUCCCAGGGAAGACUAAUUCUCAAGGGACAUUGUGAAAAAAUAAAAUAUAAAUACGGUGCCCCUGGCAUGCACUGCUUCCAUUCUUACCUGCAUGAGAUUCGUCCAAAUGGCUGUAGUAGUUGAUCAACAUCACGGAAUCAAGCCAUUAACCCGAUCCCAGAGAUGCAGAUUACAAUCCUACACCCAUCUUGAUUACAGCAUAUUUCCCCACUCCUUUAUAAAUACAUGCGGAGUUGCUAAUAUUCACAAAAGCUUUUCGACCCCAUGUCUCUCCCAAACUACCGCACUGGAGGACGACUUUGACUCUAAUCCACGGAUUGAGAUUGUUGGUGGUUGCAGAGUUCCUAGGGUACAUGCUCUUGUAGUUGAGGUUGCCAUAGCUAUGGCUUCCGGUGCUGAUCUAUUGCCAGUGCCAAGCGGGCUAGGGGGGGCCUACUUCUUAUGUAGUCGAAAUGGUGACAAUAUUGCUGUAGCAAAGCCCAUAGAUGAAGAACCCUUGGCCUUCAAUAAUCCUAAAGGCUUCGGAGGUAGGAUGCUGGGCCAACCUGGUGUAAAACGCUCAGUUCGGAUUGGUGAAUCUGGAAUUCGAGAAUUAGCAGCUUAUCUCCUUGACCAUGGUGGAUUUGCUAGUGUUCCUCCAACUGCUUUAGUAAAAAUUUCUCAUGUUGCAUUCCGCGUUAAUAAUAAUGCAGCUAAAAUUUCUGCUACUCCCUACAAGAUUGCUUCUCUUCAGCGGUUUGUAGAUCAUGACUUUGAUGCAGGAGAGUUGGGUUUCUCUGGCUUCUCAAUAGCUUCAGUUCAUCACAUUGGAAUUUUUGAUGUAAGAGUCCUAAAUCUUGAUAGGCACGCAGGUAAUAUGCUUGUUAAGAAGUAUAAGCAGAACAAGUAUGCAGUUGGUGCGGCUGAGCUUGUGCCUAUUGACCAUGGGCUUUGCCUUCCUGAGUGGCUUGAUGAUCCAUACUUUGAAUGGCUGCACUGGCCUCAAGCUUCAAUUCCAUUUUCUGAGUCUGAGAUUGAGUACAUAUCCAAUCUCAAUCCCUCUAAAGAUGCGGAGCUUUUACGAACUCAGAUUCCCUCUUUACGUGAGGCUGCUAUCCGUGUUCUUGUGCUCUGCACCAUCUUCUUGAAGCGGGCUACAGCUGCGGGGCUUUGUCUUGCUGAUAUAGGUGAAAUGAUGACUCGACAAUUCUGCGCUGGCGAAGAAAGAUUGAGUACAUUAGAAAAUCUUUGCUUACAAGUUAAAGCUACAAUGUCCGGUACAGAUGACAAAAACAGAGAAACAAUUGGAGAAGGUGAAAUAUUUCAACUUCAGAAUGAUAUUAAAGAAAGUUUCGAUGAGAAUUUUGAUCUUCCUCAACUCUUACAGAUCUAUCCUGGAAUGUCAAGGUUUUCAUCUGUAGGAUCAAUUACUGAGUUGACCGAUGCAUAUAUCUAUCCACCAUUUAAGGAAAGCAAUCAUGGCAAUGAUGAUUCUGAUAGUAAGAAUAUGAAAGGUAAUAGUGGUUAUGUUGAUGGUAGUACUAGUGGUAGUCAUAAGGUAGGGGGUCUGACGGAGAGAGUGAGUUUCUCAGUAAAUAACUUCAAUUGUGAAACAGGGGCAAUUUCUUUCGGAGACAUGAGUAAAGAUGAAUGGGAUUUGUUCUUGGACAAUUUUGAGAAGCUUUUGCCCGACAUCCUCCUCAAGGGCACAAAUUACUUGAGCUUGAAGAAAAGGUUGAGAACGUCCUGCAAGUAUUAAAAACUUAUUAGUUCGACAGAUGAAAAGAAAAGAAAAAUACCUUUGCCACUUAGAACUAGUAUUAAAUAACUGUACAUGAUUGCCAAAUGACAUUAGAGUAAAUUGUAAAUAACACUCUUUAAGUACGGAAGGAAAUGUGAAUGGUAAAACGCCAUCCUUUCUGUGUACUUUUCGAUAUGUUUCCUUAUCUUGUAUAAUUGUACAACAAUUAUAUGGAACUGGUUUCUAGCAGACGAUGUUUUGGAAGGCAUUUA